AUGAAUAAAAUACAUGAAACAGUGAAUCCUAUAACAAACGCCUGGUCAACAGCUUCUGAACCAUCAGCGUCAAAUAAAAAACGUGAACGAGCUGGUUCAGUUGUUAAAGAAUUUAGUUUGAACACAACAGCACAUGGUGUACCAAGUAUUGCUCGUAGUCAUAGUAUUCAUAAUCGUGUAUUUUGGAUUCUAUCAUCAUUAGUUUUUCUUGGUG